AUGACUACCGUACCGCACAUGCCGGCCAAGGCGCACAGCUCCGAUGAUGUGCAUCAUCGGCCAAAAGGCAUCCUCAAGAACUCCAACUCAUUCCAAGGCACUACCGCUCCGAUGGCAUCCAUCUCCCCACCCUCCGUUCCCACCAUCCCCGAACCUGAGGAGACCAAAGAACUCACACUCCAAAACACCCUGCAGAAUGCAGGCCGGAGAUCCUCAUCCACCGCCCGCCGAGGCUCUAGCUCGCGCCGACAGUCGACAGUCAGCGCCCAUGACGAGAACGAGCCUCGUCUAAAGUGGGACGAAGCAAACCUGUACCUGGCCGAGCAGGAGAAAACAGCGAAGAUGAAGAUCGACGAACCCAAGACUCCAUACGCUCCCCACUACGACCCCAGCGAAGAUGAUGAGCAGAUGCGGCUCGAGGAGGCACAGCAAACCCUACUUGACGCGCAGGGCAUUGUCGUCGAUGAGCUGGACAAGCCGACUAAGCCCGCCCAACACCGGAAGGGUGUGUCCGAGGAUGAAAUCCCUGACCUGGAGCUCGGUGAACCAGAGGAACACAUGCAGGACGUUGCUAUGAACGACCCUCGUGUCUUCCGUGACCGUAGCAUGAGCAUGGACUCGCACAAGAGUGAGAAACAUGUUCAUGUCGGUGUGGAGGAUACAAAUGGUGCCGAUGCGCCUGAUCAUGAUCCGCUCUUGACGACUGAAGAGGCCCGCGCGAAGCAUGCUCAUUUCGAGCAGCAGCGUAAAAAGCACUAUGAGAUGAGGAAUAUCAAGGAGCUACUUGCCCAUCCCGAGGAUUUGGAUGAGGAAAUGGAAGACAAUGAUGAAUCGGAGUCUGGUGUCCCGUCCGCUAUGCCUCCGAUGCCUGAACGGUUCCGCAGCAACGGACUAUAG